GCCGUUUCUCCCCGCCUCUCCCCUGCCCUCCGGGAGCUGCCAGUACUCGACGUGGCGUCACCGCCCUCUACCCUUACUUUGCGUGCGUGUUUGCGUGCGGCGGAGGUGGUGGCGCGGGCCGGUCGGAGCUCCGUGUUGCUUGCUUCUGGUGCUCCUGUCGCUGCCGUCGCUGUCCGGCUGUCUUGGACGGCCGAGCGGACGAGGCGCCGGCCCCAGCACCUCAGCACCGGACGCGGCUCGGCGCGGGGCCCCGCCUGGAGGGUGGGCGAGCGCGUGUCGGAGGGUGCCGCGCGGGUAGGCGGGCGGGCGCCCGUAAGGGAAAGAGGCGGGGGCGGCGGGUCAGCCGCGGCCCGGGCCGGCCGGGGGAUGUCGAUGCCUGACGCGAUGCCGCUGCCCGGUGUCGGGGAGGAGCUGAAGCAGGCCAAGGAGAUUGAGGACGCCGAGAAGUACUCCUUCAUGGCCACCGUCACCAAGGCGCCCAAGAAGCAAAUCCAGUUUGCUGAUGACAUGCAGGAGUUCACCAAAUUCCCCACCAAGACUGGUCGACGAUCUUUGUCUCGCUCUAUUUCUCAGUCCUCCACUGACAGCUACAGUUCAGCUGCGUCCUAUACAGAUAGCUCUGAUGAUGAGGUUUCCCCCCGAGAAAAGCAGCAAACCAACUCCAAGGGCAGCACCAAUUUCUGUGUGAAGAACAUCAAGCAGGCAGAAUUUGGACGCCGGGAGAUUGAGAUUGCAGAGCAAGACAUGUCUGCUCUGAUUUCACUCAGGAAACGUGCUCAGGGGGAGAAGCCCUUGGCUGGUGCUAAAAUAGUGGGCUGUACACAUAUCACAGCCCAGACAGCGGUGUUGAUUGAAACACUCUGUGCCCUGGGGGCUCAGUGCCGCUGGUCUGCCUGCAACAUCUAUUCCACUCAGAAUGAAGUGGCUGCAGCACUGGCUGAGGCUGGAGUUGCAGUGUUUGCGUGGAAGGGCGAGUCAGAAGAUGACUUCUGGUGGUGUAUUGACCGCUGUGUGAACAUGGAUGGGUGGCAGGCCAACAUGAUCCUGGAUGAUGGGGGAGACUUAACCCACUGGGUUUAUAAGAAGUAUCCAAACGUGUUUAAGAAGAUCCGAGGCAUUGUGGAAGAGAGCGUGACUGGUGUUCACAGGCUGUAUCAGCUCUCCAAAGCUGGGAAACUCUGUGUUCCAGCCAUGAACGUCAACGAUUCUGUUACCAAACAGAAAUUUGAUAACUUAUACUGCUGCCGAGAAUCCAUUUUAGAUGGCCUGAAGAGGACCACAGAUGUAAUGUUUGGUGGGAAACAAGUGGUGGUGUGUGGCUAUGGUGAGGUGGGAAAGGGCUGCUGUGCUGCUCUCAAGGCCCUCGGAGCAAUUGUCUAUAUCACAGAAAUUGACCCCAUCUGUGCUCUCCAGGCCUGCAUGGAUGGGUUCAGGGUGGUAAAGCUGAAUGAAGUCAUCCGGCAAGUUGAUGUCGUAAUAACUUGCACAGGAAAUAAGAACGUAGUGACACGGGAGCAUUUGGAUCGCAUGAAAAACAGUUGUAUCGUAUGCAAUAUGGGCCACUCAAACACGGAAAUUGAUGUGACCAGCCUCCGCACUCCGGAGCUGACAUGGGAGCGAGUACGUUCUCAGGUGGAUCAUGUCAUCUGGCCAGAUGGCAAACGCGUCGUCCUUCUGGCAGAGGGUCGUCUGCUCAAUCUGAGCUGCUCCACAGUUCCCACCUUUGUUCUGUCCAUCACAGCUACAACACAGGCUUUGGCACUGAUAGAACUCUAUAAUGCACCUGAGGGACGAUACAAACAAGAUGUAUACUUGCUUCCUAAGAAAAUGGAUGAGUACGUUGCCAGCUUGCACCUACCAUCAUUUGAUGCCCACCUUACAGAGCUGACAGAUGACCAAGCAAAAUAUCUGGGACUCAACAAAAACGGGCCAUUCAAACCCAAUUAUUACAGAUACUAAUGGACCGUAUUACCAAGGACCAGUCCACAUGAACCACACAACUCUAAAAGAAAUAUUUUUUAAGAAAACUUUUAUUUUCUUCUUAAUCCUUUCCUCUUGAUUUUUUUCCCUGUAAUUUCUUUCUUGUUUUUUCAUCUCAUUAUCCAAGUUCUGCAGACCACACAGGAACUUGCUUCAUGGCUCUUUAGAUGAAACUGAGAUUCAAGGUUUCUCACCCUAGUCACUAAAGAAGGAUUUUACUCUCCCAGCCCAGAAAGGUGAUUCUUUCUUUACCAUUUCUGGGGACUUUAUAGUCUUAAUUGGGUACCUUAUUAACAGGAAAUGCUAAGGUACCUUCUAUGUGGAACAAUCUGCAAUGUCUAAAUUGCCUUAAAAGAGCCCAUUUCUUAGCUGCUGAAAUCAGUGCUCUUUCACUUCUUCAGAGGAGCAGGGAUGGUACCUACCAGGCAGGUAGGUUAUGUAUAGGUGGUGCAUGUUAAUUUCCCCUAGAUGUUCCAAGCCCUGUUUCCUGUGUAAAGGUGGUAUGUUUGGUUCAGAGAUGUGUACUAGUGAGUGUUGCUUGUUAAGAUCUGGUAGGCCCACUUGGAUUUAGUACAGCCCUUCCUCCUCUCCCACCAGACCCUCUCAUUUUCCAGGUUUUUAUCCAGACUGUACUCUAUUAAGUUGAAUUUUGUCCCCUAGCAUUUAUUUCUGGGUUUUUCUGUUUGUUUUUGUUUUGUUUGUUUUUUUGUUUUUUGUUUUUUUAUUGUUUUUUUAAGUAAGAAAAAUGUUUAGUCUUAAUACUGAGGAGCCACUUGAGUGGUUGUUGUCAGUUUAUCUUUUGAACCUUUGGAGCUAAAAGUGCAGAGUUGAGUCUAGAGAAAUGCAGAUCUCUAACUCUGAUAAUCCCUCUGUUUCUAGCCCAUAGUUUAUAGCUUCAGUGAACUGGGGCCAUAACAGUAAAUUUUAUCAGCUCUGCCCCAUCAGCUUGUGCUGAAAGCAAAUUUCUUGAGCCAUUACUCAGUAUACAGCACUGAGCUCUGUCUUUAGGAUUUAUCCUUUAAGAGCAAGUUUCUAAUCAGCUGUGCUUCUGCAAUUUAAAAUACUUAAAGGGAGGUAGAUGUGGAUGGGAGGAGGAAUGAUAAAUUGGGUCAGGCUGAGGGAAAUUAGCUCUGUAUAACUUGUCUGGGACUUUAGUUUUACAGAAGCAGUACCACUUUUGAUUGACGCAUGUCACAGAAGGUUUAUGAACUGAGACCUUAAAGGGCAGUUUGCGCAUAGAGAAAAUAAUCAGUGUGUCCUGGCUCACACUCUGAAAGAAUCCUCAGAGGUAAGAGAGAUGUAUUCCCAUGCCAUGCACCCUGCUUACCAGCAUUUCUGCAUGGUCAGGUGAGCUUUGUGCUCAUGAGCUUUAAGUGUAUAAUUAUCCAGGAUUCUAAAUUCUCAACUUGUUCUAGCUGGUGAUCCUUCAAAGUUGGGUCAGGCAGUAGUGCUAGGUACUAGAAAUUUUCAUUUCCCUAUUGCCAUUGAUCAGAGAAGACAGACGUUAAAAAUAGAAAUUUAAGAAGGAAAGCUUUCACUCUGUGACUUCCUAGCAGGGGUCAGUGAUCUUGCCAAAACAUUUUUCCCUCUCCUGUUUCUCCGUAACCAGCCCAUUCGCACUCCUUGCCAGUGUGACCAUGCUUUCUUCUCUGUAGAUGCUAAUGGUUCAAGCCCUUUUUCCCAAGGCAUUUAACCAGCCAAUCAGAACAGCACAUCCUUUAGGGGAGGUAACCUGGCCAACAGUGGUAUCCAUCGUGUGAGUUCUGCUGGAGGGAAGGGGCCCAGGUCCUGCUGCCCUCUGGCCUGCCCCCUGCUCCCAUAUCUAUUACUGUGUCCAUAGGAAUACUAGAUAAGGGCUCCGUCUCUGUCAAGCCAUGUAACAAAGGACACUGUGGGAAAAUUUCUGGCAUCAGAGGGAGCGUGUAGAGAGCAGCUUGGGAGGAACAAGUUUAUUUUGUAUGAUUUUUAAUGAAUGCAAUAUUAAUCCUUGCAGAUGAGCAAUAAUCAUUAAAGUCAAUUAAAAUGAUAAGACCUUAUUGGAA